AUGAUGGCUAAUGAUUUGCCAUACCUUUUCCCUCGUAUGAAUAUACAAGAGCGCCAGCAAACAAGAAGAUCUCGAUCAAGGAGUCCCAUAGGAGCUGUUGAUGAUACGAUUAUUUUAUCCAGUGAAGACGAGGAUAGCGAUGUUGUACGUAGAUAUCCGAGGCGUCGAACGAGAAACGCCACCGCUCAGCGAUCCAGAUGGGAAACAUCCUCGUCUUCCCAAGAUGCAGAUUUGGCCAAUGGAAUCAGUUGGUUGAAUCCCACUGACUCUCACUCUUUCGUGCCUUCUUCACACCAUUCCGGCUUCCCAACUGCUGUCACUGAAACUGCUCCCACAUAUUCGUCAGUCAACUCAGGCCAAACUUCCCAAUUCGCCAACUCUUUGCCAAACUCUUCCACACAGUCUCAGCCUUAUCCGUCUUCGAAUAGUUCUGGUUUUGAUCUGCAUGAUAGACAGUCAUCUUUGACACCUGGAUCUAGUCCUGGUGUGAUUAAAUAUGUAGCAUCUACUUCUGCUGGGCAACAGGAUGCCGGCAAUAGCAGUGGAGCGGGAGCAACUCAAAGUGCUGAAGCGGCUAAAAAGCGACCGAAGUCGUUGUUCCAUCCUGACCCUGGAAAGAUUUAUGUUCCUGAAGACGAAGUGAAGAUAGGAGAUGAAAACAAACUGCUGGCGAAGUUAGCUCGUGAGCGAUUGCUUCGUCGUAGUCAAGGGAGUAGUCAAGGUAGUAGUCAAAGCACUCGAUGUGGAUCUGAAUGUUCCAUGGAUAUAUCGGCUAGGAAUGAA